AUGAAUUCCGAGACUCUCGUUGAGCGCGGCUCAGAAGAGAUCUUAAACACGAACCAGCCGUCGAACAAUAUCAACAACGCGUGGCGACAGUCAUUUGCCGGCGGCAAGGCUGUUAACCCCAAGUUCUUUGAAUCACGAUACUUUCCAUCAAACGAACCUACAAUCCAUCGUCAACCUCAAGGUGGUCCAAGAGAAAGACAUCCUUGCUCCCCACAGGAAAACGGCCAUAAUUAUUCGCAAAACCCUUUCCAGGCUGUCUCCAGAUCCCCCAAGGGUCCUAUCGUGCAGAGCCCCUUACCAGAAAACUACCCGGGUGCCUCGCAGAGCCCUCUUCAGGCCGUUACUGCAUCUUCUAUUGUGCAGAGAAAAUCCUCGCUGGAAAAUGGCCUGAUGGCCUCUCCGGAUUAUGCCGAUCCAAGAAGGGUACCUGGUACAGACAAGAAUAUCUACCCUCGUGCACCAAUCAGAUCGGAAUUUCAAGAGCGAUAUCCACAACUUGUCGAUUUUUUUAAGCAGGCUGUGGAUACUCACAAAGUUCUAAAGUAUCACACUUCAAAGAUCAACUAUGAGCUACGUUUAUGUGGAAGCACUCCAGCAAACGCAGUUGCCUCGGUCAUCAUAUUUUGCGCUGAAGCUCUUUUCAAAUGCCUAAGAUCAUUAUUAGGCAGCAGGCACAUCCAGCGGCAAUAUCAGCUGGUGAAUUCUUCCUUUCAGGACAGAUUUCAAUUGGCACCUAGCAAGCCUCAUCCACAAGUAUCUGCUCCUAUUGUAGUACCUUUCAAUGUCGUCUACUGGAGGGAAGCAAACACACCUACCCAACGAAAGUCCGCAAUGGAGCAAGUGGUUACCAGGAACCGGCUACUUAUUAGUAUGGACUCUAAGCUAUAUGGUUUGACUGUGGAUCAUUUGUUCAAGGAUCAGCAGGGCGAAGAACAAUCAACGAUUGCAAACGAAGCAGAGGUUCUGUAUGAUGAGGACGACUCCGAAGAUAGUGAACCAGAGUGGUCAUGGAUUGAUGAUGUGAAAUACGAAGACUUUGAAAAUGUCGAAUUUGUUUCAGACGCUGAAUCAGUGUCAUCCGGAGGAUCACAUGCCAAAACAACCAUUGAUCACGGGCCGACUGAACAGUAUGGUGAAUCUAUAAGUGGCCACAAGGUGGAUAUACUGUCUGUAAUAGAUACGACAACGACGAAUCUCGACUGGGCCUUGAUUGAAUUUGAUAAUGGAUACUAUGAGCGACCUAACGCAUUUUAUUCGAAAGAUGACCCCGCAAAUCCCAAGUUCUUUCGGACUCUUUCGGCAAUUCCCAAAACUAGCGACGUCAACGUGUUCAUGAUCUCUGGAGUGAGCGGAACAAGAAGGGGCGUCAUGCUUAACAACACAUCUUACAUUGGAGGCAAACCAAAUGAAGAUCUCUGUCAGGCGUGGAACGUAAUUUUGUCUGACUCUGACUGUGUCAUUGAUGGUGACUGUGGAUCUUUGAUCGUAGACCAGAAUUCUCUAGAGGUUUAUGGUCACGUAGUUGCAUCGAAUCCGUUUGGCGAAGCUUAUGUAGUCCCUCUACAGGAUACAUUCCAACAAAUCAGCAAUAGUCUUGAAGCGAAGGAUCUAUCUUUGCCCAAUCCAAGGGUACUUAUGGAGAGACUUGUCGCUCAUUACUCCAAGGAAGGCGACAGUGGCGUAGCAGACAAGGCUAAACAAAUUCUUGCUUCAAUGGAAGAGCCAGAAGUAGAAAGACCAUGUCUAAUGUGCGAUCAGUCAGAUCAAAAAGAUGUUCUCUUAUCAUGCAAUGGAUGCAAUGCUUCUUAUCAUACACAUUGUAUCGAUCUAGACAAUAUUCUUGGUUGCUACUGGUAUUGUAUGGAAUGUGUGGAAAGUGGUGCUUUUGGUCAAUAUGAUAAAUCGCAAGGACCGGUGAGAGGUUCCAAAUCUCCAUCAGACUCUUUGGGUGAACAAGAUCAGCGCUUGCAUUCGAGUUCUAAUAGCACUAUCCAAAGUGGAACAAGCAGCGAACUCCCAAAUCCUUCAUUGAGCGCAAAUGAUCAAACUACUUUUCUGCCUCAAUCUAACAUUGUUCUUCCAUGCGAAUUCAUAUGGAAUGAUUGUGGAGUAACAUUCAAUUCAGAAGAUUUCGAAAAUUGGUUUGCACACAGUCUAACGCAUUUCAAAAACCUUCCUCCUCCAUCGAAAUGCUUUUGUCUUUUCUGUGAUAAAGAAUUCGAAGAUAUCGAUAAUUCAUACAAGAAUUGGCGCAAUAGAAUGAUACACAGUCGUGAUCAUUUCCUUGAUGGAAAAACAAAUAUUCAACCAGAUUUUUUGGUAAUAGAAUAUAUGUGGAAGAAUAAUCUAAUAGAUGAAGCUGAUUAUACUUUGACUAAACAAUAUAUUGAAUAUCCAUCAAUAUCGAAUCUUAUACUAAAAGGAUUUGAGACGCCUGAGUCAAAAUCUCCUAUCGAAAAUCAUCCUGAUGAAGGUGCAUUGACUGAUCUUGGUCCAUCUGUCAGCAACCAACAAGAAAUCCCGCAUAUUCCUUACCAGCCUCAUAAUCUCCCGCAGGUGAAACCAGCGGAACAGAAUCCCCCUUGCAGUACUCUCUUUGUGGGAAACCUCCCGAGGGAUACAUCCGAGGAAGAACUUAUGGCAAUGUUUUCUAAGCAGAAAGGCUUCGGACGCUUAUACUUUACAUCUGGACCGAAUCCUUUAAUGUGUUUCGUCGAAUUUGAGGAUGUUUCCUUUGCCACCAAAUGUAUCCAAGACUUUAAUGGGAUGUCUCUUCAAAACAGCACUAAAGGCAACAUUCGGUUGAGGUUUUCCAGAAUUCCGGUUCAUGUGCGUUCCGGUCCAUUCCUGGAGGCCGAGGAAGUCAUUCCGUUCCUUCCAAGUCAUCAUCAUGAUCAUCGAGAGUCAAGUGGGACUUCAUGGAGUGCUUGGGAAUGGGAUAAUGAUAGGAAGCAAUGGCAAUCUCAUCGCACAGAUUCCAUGGGGAAAACCGAAUGGAAAUUUGAGGGCGACCAGCCAACUUCGACCUCAUCUGUCACUGCAAAUAUGUCAGACUAUGAUCCUAUUAUAUCACCAUCAGCACCAAAUUAUGAAGAGAGCAGGUACAAUGUUGCCUCCAGCAGUCUCAAGCAAUCUGAAGGAUACAGUGGUACAGAGCAGCCUGUAUCAACAAAAGAUCCGCCAACACAAUAUCCGCCAACACAAUACCCUCCAUCGCAAGACCGUCGAUCAAAAUACCUACCAGAUAGCACAGUGAAUACUACAGUGCACUCUAGCGUCAAAUCAAGAAAAUUCUAG